UCCAUGAGAGAAUUUCACCACCAGGGCUAAAUAAAUGCUUUGUAUUCCAACGUCAGAAACCACCGGCAGAAUACAAAAAGACGCGGGCGGUCAAGUUCCGUACCCAACCAAUGACGUGAUGCCCCGAAUCCACGAUGUCCCGCCGUUGGGCACAAGCAAACAAUUCUUAUGCACGAGGCACAGGGCGCACAAGUACUAACAACCUCCAACAACCACUGGUGGCCAAGGGAUGAUACAUUUCGAUAAGACAACACUCAAACACUCAUAUUAUAAAUAUUAAGCCAGAUUUACAUUUUGCCUUUUGCCUUUUAAAUACCAUCAUUUCCAGAGAGUUAUAUGUAACUCUUGCCAUGACCUAAGUCUGAUUAAUUGAAUAAUUCCUGUCAAAAUCUUGAGAGCUGGCUGGGCCGAUUUUUAAACAAGGUACCUCUCAGCUGUGUGCGUCACCUCGGCCUGGUCGUAUUUUGUGUGCCCGCGCGACCUGCGCGAUAUCUUGCCCAUAAAUCAACGUGCCUUAUAUACCCGUGUCGGAGCUGCGGAUAAAGGUAACGACCUGGCAGCAGGUUCUCGCUACUCUUUUCCCGGUUGCUCUUUCCAGUGUUGAUAUCGUACCAACUUCCCAAUCGACAACUCGCGCUGAGCAGCUCUAUUACAACAACGAAGCGCCCAAGCAAGCCAAGAACGAGGCUGCAGUCACUUUUCAGCAGCUGAAGUUUCCGCAGGCGGCUGCCAAAGCCGACCAAGCAUCAUGGGGAUACUGCAAAUUACUGGGCUGUGCGGUGCCGCAGGAGUAUUGUGGUAUAUAUGGCGCCUGAGAAACAACAAGAGCAUCGAGGUGCCACAGAGGCGCUCAUCUGUAGCUCCUCAUCCUCCUCCUCAACCCCGGGAGCUUAUUUUAGACGCAGAGGAAUCGGACCCAGGCUUGCUCAGGAAGCAUUCUGAAUUCAAGUCUUUCACAACAAGCCGAUUUACAUAUCCCAACGUUCGAGUCUUCCACCGCAAACAUACGCAAGCCGAGAAAUUACCAAAAGUCCCCGCGCCCCUGCCUCUGCUUGUGUUUAUCCAUGGGUUAGGAGGCUCAGCUGCGCAAUUCCAUCCACUGUUAACAAGCAUGGUUAAUGUCUCAUCAUGCAUCGCCAUCGACUUGCCCGGCUGUGGACGGUCAUCAUUCGAACCAAGGUCAUGGGAUGCCUAUAAGACAGAUGCCCUCGCUGAGCUGCUGGAAGUCAUAAUCGAGGAAUACCGCGAGAAGGAUACGAAGCAGGGCGUCGUCCUGAUCGGACACAGCAUGGGAUGCUCGUUAGCUGCACUUCUUGCAUCAAAGAAUUCGCCGUCUUACAAUGGCCUAUCUGAGCAUGUCGUGGGAUUCAUAGCAAUAUGCCCAAAGGCAGAACCACCGAACGAGCAGCAAACAAAGUUAUUUAAGAGACUUCUAUGGGUGCCUGGGACUAUCUUCGAUCUCUUCCGACGUUGGGACAGGCGUGGAGGGGUCAAUAGUGCGAGUGUUACACGAUUUGUGGGAGAGGCCGCUGGCACAGAGACCAAGGAGUUGCAGCUACGGUUUAAUGCCCAAAGUCGGACACCGGUAUGGAGACGAAUGGCGUCUGGUAGCCUUCCCAGCUACCGCGAUGGCGUAGCGGAGGGCGGGCUGCCAGGCAAAGAAAUCUGGGCUGGCCUCGAUUGUCCGGUUUUUCUCGUUGCUGGCGAAGCCGACCAUGUCACGAAGGCUAAGGAGAUCGCAAUUAUCGAGGGUUUUAUGGGAACAUCCCACCCUGUCCAAAACGACACGGAUGACAGAAGCGAGGCGAUCAACGAUUCUGCCGCGCCUUUUGACUCUUCUAUGAGCCGCGACGAUAGGGCUAGUAUGGACGCAACAUUUGAUGACGAAUUAGGUACUUUUGCAGAUGAGUCGUUCGAGGAUACCGGAUCUAUGACCCCACCGACGCCAGAGAGCCCAGACGACAUUGAAGCCAUCUAUGACGAUUCAGACGCACCACAGAAGGAACUAGGUUCCCUCCCACCGCAGCCGCUUAAACCGAAAAAGGUAUUGAAGACCACGAUACUGCCAGCACCAGCUAACCACGCCCUUCUUUACAUGCCCGCCAGCGUUCGCAUACUCGCUGGUCUCGUGUCCGAUUUCCUUGGAUCUCAUGUGACACAGCGUCUCUCUCUUGGCUGGCAGCUACAGUUCCUUUCCACUUCUGGCAAGUGGGACGUCAAGAACCUAGCUAAGUGGCAAGCCGUUGCACCAGUAUCCGCGCCUAUUGCGGGAAUUUUCCGGGCAAUGAAAACACUAAGGGAAGUGGACGAGAACCACUGCCCUGAAGUGUUUGCGAGGGACUGGAGCAGAUGGGUCAAGGAUGUUGUCGAUAUCAGCCACGAAGCACCAGUUUAUGACCCGCGUGGCUUGGAGAAGGGGGGCAUACGGUAUCACAAGCUGCCCACAGUUUCCAAGAUCCCCCCCACGAGCCAGGAAGUCACUGAGUUCAUCAAUUUCGUUGAUCGAUUGCGAGAGGAGCAGAAAGAGCGAAAGCUGACGAAAGGCUGGGGAGACGAACUUUAUAUUGCGGUCCAUUGCCACUACGGAUUCAAUAGAACUGGCUUCUUCAUCGUGUGCUACCUGAUUGAGAGGGAGGGGUACGAAGUGCAGGAAGCGCUUGACGAGUUUGCGAAGAGGAGACCGAAGGGGAUCAGACAUGCGCAUUUUAUGGACCAGCUUUUUGUGAGGUAUUGUAAGGGUUUGAAGGAGGCGCCUACGUUUUGAUUAAGGAAGGACUUGGACAGCAUAGACUUGCCGGCGUUAAUGGUGUACGAUGAGGGAGGACAUGCAGCUAGGGAUUGUGUUAAUAGAUGGUUAUGAAGAUACCCCGAAGCAAUUCCUGUAUAUUAGGGGUCCUGACAUAGAGUUAUGGAACACGGACGCAGGCAUCCAGCAGGAUAACGAAGCCAAAGCGUACACAAUAAUGAAUUUUAUGACCAAG